AUGCCCGUCAGCUCCCCACCUUCGAGUCAAGGUGCUUCGAGUACUUCAGACUCUUCUGCCGCUGGUUCUUCUCCCAUCUCCCGCCUGAACAACAUUGCCAGUCACAUUGCGCCCAAGAUGGCUUCCACAACCAAUUUCCCAUCGGACGUUGUCCCCCAAGCGCCUGAGGACCCUCUCUUCGGUCUGAUGGCCGCUUUUCGGGCGGAUGAAAGCCCAGACAAGGUGGACUUGGGUAUCGGCGCCUAUCGCGACGACAACGCAAAGCCCUGGAUACUGCCAGUCGUCAAGAAGGCGGAUGAGAUUCUCCGAAACGACCCCGACCUGAAUCACGAGUAUGCGCCGAUUGCUGGUAUCCAGAGCUUCACGUCCAAGGCCGCCGAGCUCAUGCUUGGUGCCGAUUCGCCCGCUCUCAAGGAGAAGCGCUCUGCGUCUAUCCAGACCAUCUCUGGCACAGGCGCCGUCCACCUGGGCGCCCUCUUCCUCGCCAAGUUUUUUAAGGGUAACCGUACUGUCUAUGUCUCGAACCCUACAUGGGCGAAUCACCACCAGAUCUUCAGCAACGUCGGCAUUCCCACCAAACAAUACCCUUACUUUGACAAAAAGACCAAGGGCCUCGACUUUGAGGGCAUGAAGAAUGCCAUCAAAGAUGCACCCGAGAGAUCGAUCAUUCUCCUUCACCCCUGUGCCCACAACCCUACCGGCGUCGACCCGACCUUGGACCAGUGGAAAGAGCUCGCCGAGGUGAUUCGUUCCAAGAACCACUUCCCCUUCUUCGAUUCAGCGUAUCAGGGAUUCGCCUCGGGCAACCUGGCCCGCGAUGCGGCUUCCGUUCGCUAUUUUGUUGAACAAGGCUUCGAGCUCUUGAUCGCCCAGAGUUUUGCCAAGAACUUUGGUCUCUAUGGUGAGCGUGCAGGCUGUUUCCACGCUGUCACUGCUCCUGGGCCAGAUGCUCAGACCACCAUUAGCCGCAUAGCCUCUCAACUCGCUAUCCUCCAGCGCUCUGAGAUCUCCAACCCACCUCUGUACGGUGCGCGCAUCGUCAGCCUUGUCUUGAACGACGCAAAGCUGUUCGCUGAAUGGGAGGACAACCUGACCACCAUGUCUGGCCGCAUUAUGGACAUGCGCAAUUCUCUGCGGGCCAAACUCGAGGAGCUCGGCACACCUGGCACCUGGAACCACAUCACGGACCAGAUUGGCAUGUUCAGCUUCACCGGGUUGACCGAGGAGCAGGUGAUGCGCUUGCGCAAAGAGUCGCACAUCUACAUGACCAAGAACGGUCGCAUCAGCAUGGCGGGUCUGAACACAAAGAACAUUGAUUACUUUGCAAAAGCCGUUCACGCCGUGGUGUCGAGCAGCUGA